AUGGGGCUAGCUGAACUGCCACUCGAACUGUUAAACCGCAUGCUGCAGUGUCUCCGGGGUGAUAUUUCCUCUCUCCGAUCAGCCCUCUUGGUCAACAAAACGUGGGCCGCCGAGGCAGUCCGCGUGCUAUGGGAAACCCCGCCACCACAAGGCCUCGCAGAGAUCAAUGAUAUAGACAGACGGCAAUUCUACGCGCGAUAUGUCCGCGAGUUGGAAAUGAACGGCGAUGAGUGGGUGCAUCACAACGACUUCCACGCGUUGGAAUUUCCGCGUCUCCGAUCUGUUUUGAUUGAUGCUACCUAUACGGGCCGGGACGGAGAACAGGAGGAAGUGUGGAUCGGCCAGUAUAUCCAGCCGGCAUUGGAGGAUUUCACAUGCUAUGCUACUGCGCCGGCUGGGUACGAAGAUGUGCUUCAGCUUCUGGGGACACGGUGUCCACGACUGGCGAGUGUUAUUAUUGGUUGUGCGCUUGAAGGGUUGAAUUCCGCUUCUCUAUGCGGAUUUAUUGACAGAUGCAAGUCUCUACGCUCGUUUGGUGUGGUCGAUGGUAAGACAGCGCCGAUUGAUGACCGGGUUCUUUCCACUCUUGCCUCUCAUGAUGGGCUCGAGGAGUUAGAAGUGGAGCCGUUUGUCAAGCACGAUAUGUUUGUGAAUACAUUUCAACAUGUCGAUCGCCCGUUCAAGGGUAUCCAACAGCUGCAGGUUCAUAUAGAGCCAAAGACUGUACCCCUUCUCGUCCCGACCAUAAAAAACAUUCGUCUUCUUUCCCUCACCCUGGUGAACGGCGAAAUAAGCCCAUGGCUGCACCUCAGUGCGCUGACCAAUCUUCGAGACCUUGUUAUUAUGUACGAAGACUCGGCAGAGCUAAGUUCCAAUGAUUUCCGGGGCGUUAAAGGCCUGAACCUACAUCGGCUGGUUGUCCGUAGUAUCCAUGGAGACCUCACAGCUCCGACGUUGACGGACGACGAGUUUAUCCCAGUGAUCGAGACUCAGCCGGCACUGGGAGAAAUAGACCUCGAGAUCCACGCUAGCCUGACCGUUCUAUCAUUCAUAUCCCUCGGACGCAAGUGCCGCUACCUGCGGGAUUGUGGUAUUUAUGGCACCUAUGACCUGUCUCUCUUACUAGAUAUUGAUCCAUCUCCGCCUCUGUUUCCAUGUUUGGAGCAGCUCACACUCGGCACAAUAGCUGAAAUACGUGCAACGCCGUUACCGGGGUCCAAUUCAACACCGGACAAAGCGAAGUUUCUCGCUCGGGCUACCCUUAGCCAUGCGCCAAACCUGGAGGACCUCUGUCUGCUGGACGAGCGAGAUGACUUUUUAGCGGCAAUGGUGGCGGUCGUUGAGGAACGGGCAGAGUCACUGCUUGACUCAUCAUGA